AAAAUUAUUAAUUUGUGUGACCACACUUCAGUUGAUUCCAUUUUUCAUAAUGGAAGUUGUGUUUUCAAACAUUAGUUGUAAGUAAGUGAGAAAUUUGUGAUAAUUUGCAGUUAUAACAAACAAUUUUGGUGCUGACUUACACAGUGGUCGCUCUUAAUGUUAUAAACCACGAUUUUUGACGGCAAACUUGAAAUAUGGGUGAUCGAGGUGGAUGGAUAUGGUCUGUGUGGAAGCAAGUUAAACAGUCGUUAUAAAAUUCCCGUAGCAAAUGCAAGCUUGUUUGAGCUGUAUGAGCUGUUGCGCCAUCAUGCUGAAAUAUUCAUUCAGAAAUUUUUCAGGACCAAGCUGGUGAAUAAAUUCUUGCAAUAUGUUCUGAUGUCUCGCAGCUCUAACUGAUUUCUCGAAGAAAAAGGGCACAAACAGUUAUCUGGGAGCACACCAAACUCCAUUGUUUUGCGGAUAUAAAAACAUUUCUUCAAAAUAAUGAGGAUUUUCUGCACUCCACAUCCUCAUAUUUUGCGAGUUUACGUACCCUGAUAAAUGAAACCAGGUUUCAUCACCAAUAUUUAUAUACUUAGUUUAAAAACAAAAAAAAAAUCGCUGCAAUCGUUAAUUGCUUACUUUCAAUAUAUGUAUUUGUUGUGUAUGUGUCUUUUUUAACUAGUGAGAAUAUCAGAUCAUAGCUAUGAAAUUAUUCUACUGCCAUCUUUUUUUAAGUCAUCUUUCCUUUUAAGUCUGAAAGAAUUUUAGAAGUUUCCUGUGUUUUAUUUUUGAAAGUAGGUAUAUGAAAAGAUCUUGGGGUCCCUGUGCUUUGUUUUCGGAAGGAUUGAAAAAACCUGUGGGUCUUGAAAAGAGUCUGAAAAAUCCUUGGAGUCGCCUGGUGUACUUUUUCUAAUAAUACAAAAUGCUCUUUGGAUUCCUUAUUUUUGAUCUUCAAAUCUGAAAUAAUUUCAGAAGCUUUUCGUGUUUUGUGUUUGAAAAAGGUGGAAAAAAUUGUUAGGGGCCCCUAGUGUUUUAAAUAUAUGAAAGAUACUUCGGGGAGUCCCUUGAGUUUUAUUUUUGAAAGAAUGUGUAAAAAUCUCAGAUAUACUUCUGUCUUAUUUAAUUAUUGGAGUUUUAACUCCUUUCUUUUUGUAUUAUAGAAAACGUAUACGACGUGCGCCGGAAUAGGAUGUCGAGUUCGAUACCGACAUCUGAACUAAGUCUGAACAAAUAAAAAAAGUAUAUUUUAUAAUAAACAACAAUUGGCAAUACAUACAAUCAUCAUUAUUAAUCAUCAUUUUGAUAAAAAAUACAAAUGCGACAUAUUUUUGGUUUUUAUUAUUUUUUAAGAGAAAAUUAAUGAUUUCGCCGUGUAUACGUGUUCAAUUUAUAUAAAUUGAUAACGCAGAGUUUAAAUUCCAUCCGUGCGUCCCUGGGUCGACGCACUCUUUUUUUAUUUAUUUAUUUCUUUUUUUGAAACAGUGAAAGAAUCUUAGAAAUCCUUGUAUUUUGUUUUCGAGAGAGUUUGAAACAAUAAUGUUUCCUUGUUUAGAGGUGCUCGAUGUGCUUUUUUUUUAAUAAUAUGGAAGAAUCUUUGGGUUCCUGCAUGUUUUUAAAAAAAAAAUCAUGAAUCUAUGGUAUUUUGUUUUUGAAAGAGUUAGAAAAAACCUUAGGGGCCUCUAGUGUUUUAUAUAGGUAUGUAUAUGAAAGAACAUGUGGGUUUCCUGCUGCUUAUUAUCGAAAGCAUGUUAAAAACUUGGGAAUUCCUGUUUUGGGGUCGUGUUUUAUUCCUAAGAGCAUUUGGAAAAAAAAUGGAUCUCAGUGGUGUUUUUUAUGAGUUUGAAAGAAUCUGAGAGCUCCAUGGUGUUUUAUUUUUGAAAUAUUUUUAAUAGAUCUUGGGGUCCCUGUGUUUUGAUUUUGAUAAUUCAAAAGACUUGAAGGUUUUGUUAUUUUGGUUUUGAAAGAUUUUGGAAGGCCCUUGGAGGGCUCUGGUUUACUUUUUCUAGUAAUCCAAACGAUCCUUUGGGUUUUUAAUCUUUUGUUCUUUAAAUAUGAAAGAAAUUUCAGGAACCUCUUUUCGUGUUUUGUUUUUGAAAAAGUUAGAAAAAAUUGUUAGGGGUCUGUAGUGUUUUAAGUAUAUGAAAAGUUCUUCGGCGCUUCGUGUGUUUGAAGGAAUGAAAAAAAUCUCGAGAUCCUUGUGUUUUAGUUUUUUUUUUUUUGACGCAAAACAAUCUUAGAAGUUGCUUAUGCCUUGUUUUUGAAAGGGUUUUGAAAUAUUCUUAAAAGAACCUGAUGUGUGUUUUUUUUUAAUAUGAAAGAAUCGUUGGGUUCCCUUGGUGUUUUUUAAGGAUUUGAAAAAAGAUCACGAAUGUCUCGUGUUUAUUUUUUUAAGGCUUCUAUAAAGCUCUCGAACCUCUGGUGUUUUAUUUUUAAAAGAGUUUGCAAAAACCUUGAAGUCUCGUAAUGUCUUCUUUUUAAGAAUAUCAGAGAAUGUUCUUUGUGUUUUGAAGAAUUCUGGAGGCCUCUGGUGUUUUGUUUUUAAAUAAAUUUCAAAGAAUCUUUUGGGCUUCAUCACUGAUAAAAAACACUGUAAAAUAGCCUUCGUGCAUCGGUGGUUGCAUACUUCCAAUAUAGCUAUAUGUUGGUUGUUCUUUUUUUAAAUUGGUGAGAAUACGAUAUGACAUGACAAGUCAAAACUUACUUUGAAAGCGUUCUUAAAGAUGUAUGGGGGCUAUCAUCUAUAAACUGUCGGACUUUUCUGAGAGCCUCGGGAGUUCGUUUUGUUAUUGUGCGACUUCCUGAUUUCCUCUUAAUACUACCAUCAAAAUAAUGCAUGACUAAAUGUCCUUAAAAAAUUAGCUUGAAAAACAACAAAAGCAUGAAAACAGGGUUGAGCUUCAUACACAUAUGGAUAGUUUUGAGUCACUCUCAAAUUAAAAUGUAACUGUAAAGAAGACUGACUUUCGCAGAAAAUUGUAUGAUCAAUAAGCGAAACUCAAACCACAAUAAGGCAAGAUUAUAGGCAACCCACCACAACCCAAGUUGUAUGUUCUAUAAACGAAACCAAAGAAGUCCUGUAGUGAAAUCUAUCUAAAAUAUUUUAGAUUACAAGUUUACUUUAAACAAGCUUUGUGUGCAGCAGAGGGUAACCGAUACGCAAUAACUUUGCAAAUAACUUCAUUAGUUUUCAAGCAUGCAGAGUAUCAUUAUUGCCCGUACUAUUUUUAACAUCACGUAUACGAAUUUUCUAAGAACACAUAAAAUUUUACCAGUUUUCAGAAAUCAAAUAAAGUCUUCAGAAAUUAGCGACGGAAGUUUAAGUAAAUGUCGCUACAAGUUUAAGUCAGUUUUGAGCUACUUCAAUUUUUUUAUUUUUAUUUUUACCAUCACUUAUCGGAAAUAACUUCUUGAAAAUCCCAACAAAAAAGAAUUUGUGUUAUUCAAUGAAAAAAAUACUACUAAUAAAAGUGCAAACAUGUUAAGUGAAUGUAAUAUUGGGGCCAGACAAGAGGUUACCUACUUAAGAAACUAUAAAUAGUUGAUUGAACAUUUUUUGGCGCUUUACGUAAUCGUUGUAAAAAGUUCAUUAUAUUUGGAUUCCUUACGCAUAGUUAAAUACACUCAUUGUGUAGGUAGUUUUCUGAAAUUUUUCCUUAUACAGUUUAGUGAACGCCAAUUAGAGCUUUUCUGACAUGAUAACGCUUAUUUGCGCUGUUUUGAUCAUUUAUGUAAUGGACAAAAAAAUUAAAGCUUUUUGAGAAUCAGCAAAAUCUUAUUAAAAACGAAAAUAGUCUUGUUCUUACUUCCGUAAACUACUAAGACUCCUAAAGCUACGACGGCAAGCUUGUGGGUGUUGCACCACCACCCCCACAUAGCACCGCCCCCAUGCACUUCCGGCACACGCUGCUCCUCAAGCCCAAGAUUUGCCCAAGAAAAUCGGAGCACGAUCGACUUUCUCCCGAAAAACAAACCGUAAAUUAAAAUCGAGCGCUUUACUUAGCAAACAUAUGUCAAAACAGGGUCAUAAUUUUCGGGAAACAGUCCGGGGAGUGAAUUAUGGCCUUCGCUAGAAUGUUUUCCUAGUGUACGCCACUGCCAAACCCAAAUACCAUCUCAAGGGUGGUCGAAUAACUGACCCAAAACUCUAUUUAAAAGUCGUGUUGUGUCCGUCGGGAAACUCCCUGCUGAGCAACUUUUCACCCCGAUGGCCAUUGAAAAUGGAGGCGGCGCACCCUGUGUGAUGGAGGAGUAUAACUAACGAUGCAAUCUUAAAUUACGUGUACCAUGUAUAUGUGGAAAGGCUAUAGAGGAAAUGGGAAAUGCUAAUGCCGUAAUGCAGUGGCCAUAAAACUCUAUCUGCAUGCAUAGAACGGCUUAAUUCGACCGAGACGAACACCGACGGUGAAGGGACAGGCCCUUAGCGUACUCGAUCGAAAAACAAUUUCGUAAUGGUAUGAAAUCAGUCGGUCGGCUAUCUCAUUUCCUAUUAUUUUAAUCAGUUUUGGCGAGAUUCGGUUGCUGCAGCGAGGCCAAGGAGGUUUCAUUUUCCAACCAACUAUAAUUGUACUUAUUAUUAAGAUUUAAACUUAUGCGUAUGUGUUACAAUUUUUGUUUUAAUAAAAGACAAUAACGUAACAUAAUGAGCAAAUCAUAUAAAAUAGGUGUACAGGUGGCAACAAUAAAUUGUGGUCGUUAAUGUCACAUUAGAACACUUUCCAUUGUAUUAAAAAUGGCAAUGAAAUUAAAAAUUUAAAUUAACCAGGUAUAACCAAUAGUUCGAGUUUUAGUUUAAAAGUUACUUGCGUAGUAAUUUUUUGCACUAAGAAAAAUUAAGAUGUUUAAUUAUUACAGAGAUUUAUGUAUUUGUGAAACAGUGACCAUGAUACUACUUGAUACUAACUGACUAAUUUAUAGUUUUUACAAAUGCUUGCCAUUUGUUUGGGAUAGUUUGCUAUGUAAUUAAUUUCGAAACUAAUAUCAUCAUCAUUAACAUGUUAUUUUUUUUUGCUUUUUAAACUGUAAAUAAUCAACUUUUAGACACUGUCUACUACACUGUGGAGAGUGUUACAGGGAUUUAUUUAAAUAAAACGGCUUAAAAACUAUAUAUAUAUUCAAGAAUAAAUUCGAGGGAAUUGCUAAUUUUGUUUAUUUUUUUCUGAUAAUAUUAUCAUUAUUCAUUGUUAUAAGAACUGAUUGUCUCUUUUGUGUCAUCGAUGUUUUACACGACCGUAAAAUAAAAACAUGACACUGAUAUAGAAAUAAAAGACAGCUAUAAAAAAUUCCUUUUGAACACUAGUAGUAACAGAAAGUUCUUUGGCACAAUUAUCAAAAUGAUAAGUUUAUCAAAGUACCAUUUACUUUAUUUGAAAGCAGUAUUCGUGGUAUUGAUCAGAAUUUUGUUUUGAGUAUGUAAUGGUGAAACUUCCUGUACAUCAGGUAUGUAGACAUCCCGCAUAAAUGACAAAGUGUAAAAUCUUAUUCCACAGUACCUCUCCAUUAAAAAUUAAUGUGUGGUGCAAGUUUCGACAGACUUUAAAGCUUAUUGAAUUAUCACAAAACCCGACAAUGAAACAAAAUGUUUUCAGCAAAGAAAAGGGGAAAUGACAUUUCUUCACCCAAUCGAGUACUACUAAGGUGGUGGUUUCGAAAUGACAGUCACACCUACAAAUGAACUCACUAUUCAGUGCCCAUUUAGACACAUUUAAAAUGCAUAGAAUGCCAAAAAUUCAACUGCAAAAAAUCAACCUUUUGACGUUUAAAUCGUGUCCGUCGCCUGAAAACGGUUUUCAAGCGGUGUUAGAUUGGUUUUCGACGACGAAACUAAUAGUGCUCGAAAUUGAACAACAAGUUAAUCCUGAAAAGUUGACAAAAAAAGUGUUUCAAAAUUUUCAGUUCUUGAGAUACUUGAAACUGGGAAACAAUAGAUUUAAAGUGUUGGAAGAAGACAUUUUCGCAAAUAUCCCGAAUUUAUUCGCACUGGAAUUACGACACAAUAAUCUAACACAACUGAGUACAAAGCUGUUUGAAGAAUUACGCGUUUUGGAAUGGUUGGAUCUGGCAGAUAAUAAAAUAGAAAAGAAACCUUGCGGUUUAUUUCGUUCUCUCAAAAAAUUACAAUAUUUACAUUUGUGGGGCAAUAAAACUAAGUUUUUAGACGAAUGCUCUUUUCAACGACUUUCUGAUUUGAAGUUUCAAUGACUUUCUGACAAUGUGUUCAAAGAUUUACGACAACUGAUGAAUCUAAGUUUAGCAGGUAAUAAAAUUAAUGCUAUUUAGUCAAAUAUGUUCAGAUAUGGUGCAAACCUGCACUCUGUGAUAUUGAGAAAUACUCGUAAUCCUAAUCUUAUUGUCGGCGAAUACUUACUUGUUUUAUAAUUUCAGUUUAUUACAAAAAAUAGAUUUGUCGAAUUGCAAUUUGGGAAAUACAUAUUUCCGAAAACAUUUUUGGAAAUUCAAGAAAGAUGAGAAUCGUCGAUCUGAGAAAUAAUAAUCUGAGGGAAAUUCCGCAAAACUUGUUCCGAGAUCUUUUUUGUUAGAAAAAAUUGAUAUCUCUCACAAUCGAAUCAAGGGCGUUGAAAAUACGUUCACUUCUUUAAUAAAACUAAAAAUACUUUUUUUGCAACACAACGUCAUUGAAAAUAUUACUGAAAAUACGUUUUCUGAUUUGGUUCGUCUUGAAGAAUUGAAUCUUGAGCAGAAUAAAAUUAAAUAUAUAAAUCCAAUGGCUUUUUAUAAUAAUAGUUACUUGAGAAUAAUUAAUUUGUCAAGAAAUUUGUAUUCUGGAGAAGACACACUAUACUCAAGAAUUUGGUGUAUCUGGAAGCAGUAGAUUUCAGUUAUAAUUUUAUAGAUCAAAUUGAAAAAGUUAUAACACUGGAUAACAAAGUAAUGUUGGAAACUUUAAACUUAAGAGGAAAUUUCAUCACUAAGGUCACGCUCAGUUACUUGGAAGGUCCUGGAGGAGUGGAUAUAGAUCUAACAUUCAACAAUAUAACUGUAGUCAGCUUCAAGAAUAUCGAUCGUGAGAAUGGUACUAAUAAUUCCAUACUUCGUCUAGGGCAUAAUCCCCUUCAUUGUGACUGUCACAAUUACGACUUAUUCAAAUAUUUUAAUGGUGAAGUGUCAGAUAAUGUGUUGAUGAAGUUUGACAUUAGAACUGAAAACGUGGCGUGUGCUACACCUAAAAUACUCAGAAAAAAAACUCCAAAAAUUUUAAAAUUGUGGUCUUUGGUCUGUCCGCUUGAAAACCUUACUAUAAAAACAGGUUGUUCUGAAAUUUGUGAGUGCAGUUGGAGACCAUUCGACGGAUCAGUUAUUAUAGACUGUGCUAACAGAAAUUUGGACAAAGUUUCCCAAAAUUGUGACGAAUAGUUUCAGGUGGAUUAAUUUCAGUAAUAUCGAAAUAAAUGUGACAAAUAACAACAUAGCUGUAAUAAAUCUGACCAAAUACGAUGAGAUCACUAGACUUUACAUGUCCCACAAUAAACUCAAAACCAUUGCUGGAAUACCAAGGAGAUUAAAAGUUUUAGAACUUGAUCAUAACCAUUUGUCAGCGCUAAGUUCUGAUUUUCUCCGUACUUUGGACACAUCUCAUUUAGUUAACGUCAGUUUGAAACACAACCCUUGGAUUUGUACCUGUGGUUCUGAAGUUUUGACAAAUUUCGUUCGAAAGCACGCAAAAAUCAUGGAUUUUAAGCAAAUUUAUUGUUCCAACAGCACGAUUCCUCUUGUUAGUUUAAACCAGAGCGACCUUUGCAAAGAUAUUACCCUAAUCGUUACUGUUGUCGUAAUAUCCCUUUUGUUAUUGCCAGCAGUAUUCUCUGCCUUAUUUUACAAAUUUCAACAACCAAUAAAAGUUUGGAUGUUUUCUAAAAACUUAUGCUUGUGGUGGGUUGCAGAAGAAGAUUUAGACAGGAAUAAAGUUUUCGAUGCUUUCAUCUCCUACUCCUCCAAAGACGUAGAUUUUUUUGUAGAAACUUUAAUACCAGAGUUAGAAAAAGGACCAGAAGAUUAUAAACUUUGUGUAGAUUUCCGCAAUUGGACUCCCGGAGAAUUGAUUAGUUCAAGUGAAGUCAAAUCUAUAAAUGAAUCGAAACGACCGAUUAUUAUUCAUUCGCAGAAGUUCUUGAAGAGUGUUUGAGGACUUGCUUAAC